GUAGACGAGUAAAAAGCGUGAUGGACAAACGUGCGGGCACUAAGACCGCAAGGCAUUCAUUUCCUCCUACAGUGGAUGCGGACGCCGGGAGGAGAGCCCCUGAGCCAGGAGCUGGGAGCCGAGGCGCAGAGAACACGUAGCGACUCCGAAGAUCAGCCCCAAUGAACAUGUCAGUGUUGACUUUACAAGAAUAUGAAUUCGAAAAGCAGUUCAACGAGAAUGAAGCCAUCCAGUGGAUGCAGGAAAACUGGAAGAAAUCUUUCCUGUUUUCUGCACUGUAUGCUGCCUUUAUAUUUGGUGGUCGGCAUCUGAUGAACAAGCGAGCCAAGUUUGAACUGCGGAAGCCGCUAGUGCUCUGGUCACUGACUCUUGCAGUCUUCAGUAUAUUCGGUGCUCUUCGAACUGGUGCUUACAUGGUGUACAUUUUGAUGACCAAAGGCCUGAAGCAGUCAGUCUGUGACCAGAGUUUUUACAAUGGACCUGUCAGCAAAUUCUGGGCUUACGCAUUUGUGCUCAGCAAAGCACCCGAACUAGGAGAUACGAUAUUCAUCAUCCUGCGGAAACAGAAGCUCAUCUUCCUACACUGGUACCACCACAUCACUGUGCUGCUGUACUCUUGGUACUCCUACAAAGACAUGGUGGCUGGGGGUGGUUGGUUCAUGACUAUGAACUAUGGCGUGCAUGCCGUCAUGUACUCUUACUAUGCCUUGCGGGCUGCGGGUUUCCGAGUCUCCCGGAAGUUUGCCAUGUUCAUCACCUUGUCCCAGAUCACUCAGAUGCUGAUGGGCUGUGUCAUUAACUACCUGGUCUUCAACUGGAUGCAGCAUGACAACGACCAGUGUUACUCCCACUUUCAGAACAUCUUCUGGUCCUCACUCAUGUACCUCAGCUACCUUGUGCUCUUCUGCCAUUUCUUCUUCGAGGCCUACAUCGGCAAAAUGAAGAAAACCACGAAGGCUGAAUAGGGUCAGAACUGAGGAGGAAGACAUAGCUCAGGGUCAUCACGAAAAAUAACAGACAAAAGAAAAUGGCACAAGGAAUCAUAUGGUGCAGCUAAAACAAAACAAAACAUACGUAGGAGCAGACACAACCCGAGGCAGCUUGGGAGCAAUGAUUAGUUUGACUUAACCCAGUAAGUUUAUGAUCCUUUUUGGGUGAGGACUCACUGAGCACAUCUCCAUCUCAAAGUACUGCUGCUGAGGGACCCCUUCCCUCUUAUCUGUCAACUCUAGAACACACUUGAUCCAAAGGGAGCCACGGGCAGAGAGAUUAGUGGAAAACAAGCAAAACACUACAGGAAGAGGGGAAAAAAUCAGUUCAGAAUUAUUUUUCUCUAAGGGUAAAGGAGUUCCCCUUUUCAAACUAUGCGUGUGCACGCGCGCGCGCACACACACACACACACACACACACACACACACACACAAUCCUUUCUAUCUUUUCAACAUGAAACCAGAGCUGGUAGAAAAGAUAAACAUGGAAGAGACACAGGGUUUAUAUCUAGAACAGCAAUGCUUUUGCAAAAAUCAAGGCCUUUUAAAGGAAGGCUAGCUUGUAGCCCCUGGACAAAAGAUGUCUUAAUUAUUUUUACCGCAGCUGGAAUUAAAAAGAUAGAUACCCCCUCCCCCAUCACCGCACAGCCUCAGGCUACUGAGUUUGCUACAACCAAACAGAGGACAAUGCUUCCUCGUGAUGCUUAAUUUCUGGGAGAAUAGAAACCAGGCAGCCCAAAUCCCAAGAAGGUGGUCCCACGGACAACUUAAUUUCUGCUCUUCGGUGAGAUAGGAAGCAUCCUUUGUUCAGCUGCCCCAGACUUUAGGAUGGAAGAAAAAUUGCAGAGUUGAAAAGACAGACGCUCAACCAGUUGACUUGAAGAUGGAAUCUUGUACUAUCUGUAACAAAACUCAGCCAAUUGCCACUGAGCUGGAAAAGGGGAAGGACCAUGGGAAGAGACCAGAGAUUCAUCCAGGAGACAGACAGCACGUUGGCCUCUCCUCCUGUUUAACUUCACACAGACUCCUGGCUUUCCAAAUAGGCCCCAGUCCAUGUUUUCUAUAUUUUUGUGACUUUCAAAAAACAGAUCUGCGGGGCUCUGCCUGAUUUGGGGUAAACACUGUGUUUCUGCACCUUCUGCGUUUGCUCGCUGAGCAAUGCAGAGGCAUAUGAAGUGCCCUCUGCUGGCCGAGUGAGAAACUUCAACAAACACACUUCACAAUAGGUUGAAAAUAGUUGACCACAAAGGGCCUGCGUAGAUUAAUCCCUAAGUUUUAAGUGCUGUCAAAUUUGACCAAAUUAGAACAGAACCUCUCUGCUUCAAGUAAGCUUCAUAAAUUUUUAAAGUGACUUUCACUUGGGAACUCAGAAAGUCAGUGUAUUAAGAGCCAUAUUCUUUAAAAAAAGAAAGAAAGAAAAAGAGAAAGCUAGACAAUGUUAUCUGUAAUAUUUCAGUCCUCUACAAGCCAAAUAAAUGUGUUCCUAAUAUUUCAAAGAUGCAAUUAUGUAAAGUUGUUCAAUGUGAUAUACUAGUAUUCUAAUUGGUUAAGUAGCUUAAUGAUUAGGCAAACUAGAUGAAUCCGUUAGAGGCUACUACAAUGCGUAGAUUAUCCACUCAUAACCACGUCCACACUGAAGUGUGAGGUACACGGGGCUGCAAAGCCCACACGAAUAGUAACACAAUUUUUGGCUAGCAGAAACUAUCACUUAUCUUCCUUUACUUGAGAGUGUACAGUAAAAGGGAUUUUUUUUCCAAAUUAUUUUUAUAUUAUUUUAGCUUUAAUCAUGCUGUCUGUCAUUCGUGAAACAGCUGCGCAGCCUUUCUGUGAGAUGGCAUGGGGGUGUUCAGCAGCUUGUCGAUGUGUGGAAUUAGAAAAGAAUAAAAUUUGAUUCCAUUCUGUGUGAAUGGGUUACACAGUGAACAAAGAAUCCAUGCAGGUAAAGCCAUGACUGAAGGACCUGGCGCCAAGCCGGGCUGGGGGCAGCUGUUGCAGCCAUGUUAACAUUGUGUGUGGUAGCGUCCUGUCGGCUGACAGAUGAGACGUGAUCAGAAGGGUAUGUUGUUGUUAGGGCAGAAGUUGACUCGAGCUAAAAGUAUAGAGCCACUAGAGCAAGUGGAUGUCAUUGUUGGAGCUUCAUAAAUGCACAGUAGUGUACAAUGAUGAGCCUUUCCCUUGCCUUACAGAAGAAAGUGAGCAAAAUAGUGAAGAAGAAAUCACCUGUCAGCUGACUUGAAUCUAAUCAGGGCCAGCCUGAGGCUCGUCUGGUUGAUUCAGUUUCAUUCAGAUAUUUAUCAUAGAAUACAGGUUAUGAUAUGGAAAUAAGCAUAAACUUUUAAAAAGACUAAGCUAUGCUUCCAAAGCACCUUAAUCAUGAUGCUCGCUUCACGCUGUGUUCACUUGUAAAAUAACUUAGACUUUUCAUUUGCAGGAUGAAUAUCUAAUACAUAGUGUCUAAACCUGCUAAGUAUAUCUAAAGGCAUCUCCAGUGUUCAUCAUGGGAAGAAAAAGCCACGUUUUUUAAAAAACAGAAUUCUGAUAUAGGCUCAGCACACAGUUUUUAACGUAUCAGCUUAGCUGCUCUAAUUAUAUCAAGAUACGAGGCUAGACCACUGGCCUAUGACACAUCUGAAACCCGCCAGAGAAUCGACUGCCACCUAGAUAAUAUUGCUGUCAGUUAACAUUCCGGGCAAGCAAGUUUUUUAGCUGCCCCACUAUGCUGCAAUAGAUUAUCUUUCUAUUGAAGAUUUCUCACUGCAUUCCAAUCUCAGUGUGGUAAAAACCUCAUUCCUGGAUUAAAUGAAAACAAAUCCUUGGUUUCAUAUAAAUGUGGUUUUGUUCACUAGGUCUGAGCAUCAACUCAAAUGUGUGAGUUUGCAAUGAAAUUCUAGUGAGAAACACUCCAUUCACACAGUAGGAGAUUUUAUCUGGACCUUCUAGUGUCACUUAUGAGAAAUGAACAACUGUUACUAUUAUUUAUUUAUCGUAUUUAUACAAUGCCAGGCCAAAGGAUUGAAUUAAAAAUCACAGUUCUCAAGGUUAUUAUUUCAGGCAGUCCUGUGUCAUUCCCCCCCCCCCGGCCCCCCAAGUUUUCUAAUCCUCCUUCACUCUAGGAACUUGAGACUGGAGGGAAAAUGUGUACGCAUUGCUUCAGGAGAAAGCAGGUUCGUUAUGUCCAUCCUGUGUCUCCAGCUGUCUUCACUUAUGUGUUGAGACCGACUGACCCACCAGCUCAUUCAGAAGCUUCCUUGUGGGUUCGAAGUCUCCAGGAGCCUAGGAGAACUCUUCCAGGGAAGACACCCACAGAUUGUUUUGUUGUUUGUUUUUGCUCAAUUAGAUCUUUGUGAUGGGAUAAAUCCUGUUAUAUUAGAGUGAAAAGCACUAUUACACUGGCGUGGAAUGUUCCAGAAGUCUGGCUAUAUUCCCAAACUGCUCAGUUACCUGGGAAUAUCCGGUUAGCAUCUUGUUCUGAUAGAAGGAUCUCUUACCCUGAGACUGCCAGACACAGAUGAGUGUAGGCCCUAGCACGUGCUGAGAGCCUUUUCCAGGCAGAUGGAAUGGUCUUUGGACUACUACUGGACUGCACAAGUGUUGAGGGAGUUCUUAGGAGAAUGGAGAAGACCACUUUAGACUCCAUCCCAGAGAUUUGAGCUUUGAGUUGCAUGUGCAGGAUCUUUGUGUAGGCACAUUUCCCUGCGAAGGUGUCGAUCCUGGAGAGCAACAGUUGGGUGAGAUACCAUGAUGGUAGUCCAGAGCUUAGCCUUCAAAUGCGUCUUUUUCCAGUCUUUGUUUUGAUAAUGAAUAUUUUGCUGUCGGUUUGGGACAGUUGUCGAGCCUGUGAUCAUGUGAAUCAUUGUCUUAUACAGCUUAAUGUUAUUACAUCCCUGUCUUAGGUAUAGCACCCCAUUUCCUGGUGCCUGAGCUCUCUGCCAUCAGAAAGUGAUUUGGGUGAGAAUUCACAAUAUAUGAUCUGUCACUUCUGUGCAUUAAAGUGACAUCUAAUAAAGCAAGGAUGCCCUGUUCUGUUUGGACACUCAAUACGAAGCUUUGCAUCCUAGUUGGCCAUUGAGCCAACGUCCUCUGUACCUGAUAGUGACACAAAAUAGAUGCUGGUGCUUGUCCAGAAUUCUCAGUGCCUGUUGUGACAGACUGCACUUAGAAACACGUAUGAGCCAUAGGUGAGGCCACAGCUGGAAAGGCCAUUUAAAAUACACCCACUUGGAGCAUCACAGAACACCCUGAAAGCCUCUCCUAUAACCCGGUACUUUCCUCAUCCUCAGAUCCUUGGAAGAGUCAGGGUUCUCAGAAAGAUUGCUAGAUACCCAGGCUUCCAUUUUUCCUGCCAACAUUUCCUAAAGUUGUUGGGAUGGAUGCAGAGGGGGCCAUCUGGGUGUUUGGGGGAGUCUUGGAAACUGCUUUGAUUGCAGGUCAAACAGCCAAAUUCAGAUGUUUCUGUGUCCACGCCUCACUAGGUAUCCUCACCUACACACAAAAUAAUUGCAUUGUAGUCAAGUUCUGCAGUAACUUGUUGGUUGGUCCCUCAGAUCAAGAGGAAACCAUAUUUACAGCCCAGUUGGGACACAUCGGAGUAGGCCUGACUCUCACUGGCUUCUAAACAGCAUUUUCCCAACACUUGGCACUUGAGUUUUUUUUCUCUUGGUGACAGAGAUCAAGAUGUAGCCCGACAGUGCCUCCUACUGGCGUGGAUGUGGUGUUUCAGUUACGUAUGGGUCUGAGUAUGAUCGGGCUGGACUUUGCUCACUGCUACCCUGAAAAUGACUGGCUUUCUGCUUCCUAGGCCCUAAACCCAUAUUCAGAGGGAAACUCACUAUCAAGCCUCACAGCAAAUCACAGCAGUGUUGGAAUUCUUAUUUUCAAGUGCUUAUUUCACAACAUUUAAAAAAUAUUUUUGGUGUAUUAAGAUUUAAAAUAAAGUCAUCAUAACUUUUGAUUUAAAACUG